GCAUUGCCUUGAGUGCUGCCUCUGGCUGUGAUUCGAUUAUGCCAUUGCCUUUGGGUGACCCACUAGCACUAGCAGUUUCGCCUCAGCUCGGAUACAUUCGAAUCACAGCGAUGCCGCGUUGGCUACUACUCCUGGGCAUGUCGGCCCUGGGUAUACUGUACAGUCUGACCAGGGUGUUUGGCCUAAUGGCCACCGCCAACUGGAGUCCUCGAGGCAUUAAGAGGGUCAGACAGAGCCUCUAUCUUCGCAUAUACGGCUGGGCGAUGCUGAUCUUUGUGGGCUGUUUCUCGCCCUUCGCCUUCUGGUGCAUUUUCCAAAGGAUGGCCUUUCUGCGGCAAAACCGAAUUCUGCUAAUGAUUGGCUUUAAUCGAUAUGUCCUGCUGCUGGUCUGUGCUUUUAUGACUCUGUGGAUACACUGCUCCAAGCAGGCGGAGAUUAUUGGGUGUCUCAAUCGUUUGCUGAAGUGUCGAAGGCGGUUAAGGAGACUCAUGCACACUCGGAAGCUAAGGGAUUCCAUGGAUUGUCUGGCCACCAAGGGACACCUGCUAGAAGUGGUGGUGCUACUCGGUUCCUAUCUGCUCUCCAUGUCACAGCCCAUUCAGAUACUCAAGGAUGAUCCGGAAGUGCGAAGGAACUUUAUGUACGCCUGCUCUUUGGUUUUCAUAACCGUAUGCCAGGCCAUCCUACAGCUCUCCCUGGGGAUGUACACACUGGCCCUACUAUUUCUGGGUCACCUCGAGCACAUUUUUGAAAGUUCCCAGAAGGCCGGAUUUUGGCCCAACCGCCAGGAGCUGUACAAAGGCCAACAAAAGUGGUUGGCCCUCGAAUUGUGGAGAUUACUUCAUGUACAUCAGCAACUGUUGAAGCUCCAUCGCUCCAUAUGCUCGUUGUGCGCAGUUCAGGCCGUCUGCUUUUUGGGAUAUGUGCCCUUGGAGUGCAUGAUUCACCUGUUCUUCACAUACUUCAUGAAGUACAGCAAGUUUAUUUUGCGAAAAUAUGGAAGAUCGUUUCCGUUGAACUACUUAGCCAUCGCCUUUUUGGUGGGUCUCUUCACCAAUCUUUUGCUGGUCAUUUUACCCACCUACUACUCAGAAAGAAGAUUCAACUGUACCAGGGAAAUCAUCAAAGGCGGAGGAUUGGCCUUUCCAUCCAGGAUCACUGUAAAGCAACUCAGGCACACUAUGCACUACUACGGCCUGUAUCUGAAGAAUGUGGAGCAUGUAUAUGCCGUCAGCGCCUGUGGACUAUUUAAGCUGAACAAUGCGUUACUCUUUUGCAUCGUGGGUGCAAUACUGGAAUAUCUCAUGAUACUGAUACAGUUUGAUAAAGUCCUAAACCAAUAGCUGACAAACUCCCCAGACA